UUAUAGUACCAAAUAAACCCGGAGAUCAACCUUGUAUAAAUAUUCUCGUUUGAGUCCCAAAAUUCACGUCUGUGUUUUUAGCGCUUUUCUUUUUUCCGUCUUUGUUAUUAUUCUCUCUCCUCUCCAGUUUCUUUAUCCUAUUUAGGGUUAGGGUUUUAACUGAUAUUUUAGUGUUUUCUUAUUUAGUAUACUUUCUUUUACUUAUCAGGGUCUUUAAUUUGGAUUCCUUUUCGAGCAAUCUAGGGUUUUUCAUCAAUUUGUGGGAGGGUUUAAUUCGUUUCUUCCAUCGAGAGUUUCGAUUAGGUUUUUUAAUCAUCAAAUUGUGAUAUUUAAAUCGUUAGGUUGAUAAGCAAUGCCUCCUAGAAUUGCGAAGAGAGGGGCUGCGUCCGCUGGAUCAAAGAGGAUGCCGAGGUCCACUAGAGGGGCAUCCAAAUCCCAGAAUCCACCUGCGGAGCCUGUAGAGGAGGCCGUGAGGGUAGAGGAUGCUUCAGUUCCGGUUGUGAUGGCGAGGGAGGAGGAAGAAGAGGAGGUCGUGGAGGACGUAAAGAGUGAUGGGAAGCCAAUUGGGGUUGUCCUGGAUGAAAACGCCGGAUUAAAUUUGAAUUUCAAUGGGUUGGUUGCGAUGAAGAAGGAUAAUGACUUGAAGGAGUCUAUUGAGGAGUAUGAAAAAGAUGAGCGUUUAGAAUUGGAUGAUAAUGAACCUGAAUAUGAAACUGAAGAAUAUGGUGGGGUGGAUUAUGAUGAGAAGGAGAUGGAUGCAGAUGAGGUGGGGGAUGAAUUAGAGGAAGAGCCUGAGGGUGAUCUGUCAGAUGAAGAAGAUGUUCAUGAAGUAGAAGUAGAAGUUGAAGUAGAAGGUGAUGAUGAUGAUGAGCAUGCUGGGGACAAAGUGGAGCAUGCAGAUUUGGCUGAUGCUGCUGAGCAUGAGGAGCGACAUGAAGUUGUUCAAGAGAGAAGGAAGCGUAAAGAGUUUGAAGUGUUUGUUGGGGGUUUAGACAAGGAUGCCACUGAGGAUGAUAUUAGGAAAGUCUUCAGCCAAGUUGGUGAAGUUGUUGAAGUUAGGCUGAUGAUGAACCUUCAAACAAAGAAGAACAAGGGGUUUGCAUUCUUGCGUUUUGCAACUAUAGAACAAGCAAAGCGAGCGUUUACAGAACUUAAGAAUCCUGUGAUUAACGGGAAACAGUGUGGUGUUACCCCAAGUCAAGACAGUGACACCCUUUUUCUGGGUAACAUAUGCAGGACAUGGACAAAGGAAGCGUUGAAAGAGAAGUUGAAACAUUAUGGAGUUGACAAUGUUGAUGACUUAACAUUGGUAGAAGAUAGCAACAAUGAGGGAAUGAAUCGAGGCUUUGCUUUCUUGGAAUUUGCAUCUCGUUCAGAUGCCAUGGAUGCUUUUAAGCGCCUUCAACGGAGAGAUGUUUUAUUUGGGGUUGAUAGGCCUGCAAAGGUUUCUUUUGCCGAUUCCUUCAUUGACCCAGGUGACGAAAUCAUGGCACAGGUUAGGACCAUAUUUAUUGAUUGCCUACCUCCUUCUUGGGAUGAGGAUCGUGUUAGGGAGCUGCUGAAGAAAUAUGGGGAGAUUGAAAAGAUUGAACUUGCCCGUAAUAUGCCAUCUGCUGAUAGGAAGGAUUAUGGUUUUGUUACGUUUGAUACUCAUGAUGCUGCAGUCACAUGUGCUAAGAGCAUUAACAAUACUGAGUUGGGUGAAGGUAACAACAAGGCUAAAGUCAGAGCUAGGUUGUCAAGACCACAUCAGAGAGGCAGGGGUAAGCACAUUGGCCGUGAUAGUUUCAGGUCUGGGCGUGGAUCUGGACGAUUUGUUAGGGGUUCAUGGGGUCAUCAAGCUUCACAUGAUUUCCAUCCUCGUGGGAUAAGAGGAAUUAGUAGUCGUGUUCCACCACCUAGUCUAAAGAGGCCUGUUGGAUUAAGAGAUAGACGUCCUAUUAUGUCUGCAACAGCUAGAGGUCGGCCUUUGGCUCCACCUCCUUCUAGAUCCUAUGACAGAAGAGCACCUGUUGCAACAUACCCAAAGAAUAGUUUGAAGAGGGAAUAUAGUCGGCGUGAUGAGCUUCCUCCUCCAAGAAGCAGAGCUGUUGUGGAUUAUGGUUCUAGGUUUGUUCCUGAGAGACGCCCAUCAUAUGGAGAUGAGUAUUCUUCUCGCAAUUCUGGCUACUCUGAUUUGCCUAGAAGCACAUCUCGUCCUGCUGCAAGGAGACCCUAUGUGGAUGAUGCAUAUGUCCAAAGGUUUGAAAGACCUCCUCCUAGUUACCGUGAGGGGCGUGGCCGUGAUUAUGCCUCUAUGUCUGGCUCAAAACGACCAUAUUCGGCUAUGGAUGAUAUUCCUCCGCGAUAUGCUGAUGUCAGUGCCAGGCAUUCAAGGGCUCAUGUAGAAUAUGAACUUGCUGGAGGUGCGCCUCCAUAUGUGGAUGCAUAUGGUGAUAGGCUUGGUAGAUCCAGUCUAGGAUAUGGUGGCAGCAGGAGUUCUAUGUCCAGCAGUCAGGAUUCACAUGGGCUAUAUGGCAGUCGUCAGGGUAUGGGCUAUGGUGGAGGUUCUUUCAGCAGCAGUGAUGUUGGAGAAAUGUACUCAUCCUCUGGUUAUGGUGGUGAUUACAUGCCUAGGGGAUCUGAUGUUGGUGGUAGCUCUUAUUCAUCAAUGUAUUCUAGUCGUGGUAUGGGUGGCAGCAGUUACAUGGGUGGUGGUGGUUCUGGAUCAUACUACUGAUGUAAGUCAAAUUGUUUUUUAUCCCAUUCCUUUCAUGUUGCACUCAUGGAAGUGCAAUAAUCUUUAGCAUUAGUGUAUUUUUAACGGAGAUUAGGGCUCCCCGAAGAAAUUGGUUUCUAUGUUCUUCUGAGAGAUGUGUUGUCAAGGACAUAGCUAUAUUGUCACAAGUAAACUUGUCUAUGGAACAGAUUUCAAAGACAAUGAGGCUGCUGUAGGAUGUGGAACAUUUGAAGCUUUUGGAUUAUGGUAUUGGAUAGAAGCAUGCCAAGUGCUAUAGCCUCCAUACAUUGAAGGAAAAAGAUUUUGAGGCUAAAGUUUUAUGUGAAAGAGGGUGUGUGUUGGUUCAAGCUGUUUCUAGUUUCACAAACAGGUUAUUUGUGAGUAUUCAAGUUUAUGCUGUAAGGAAAAACUAUUCUCAUUUAGAGAUGAAAAUGGCAAGUGCUUAGAAUGUGCUGUGUGUAUGAACAACAUUGUUUAUUUUUAUAUUUAAGAACUCCUCGUGAUCGAUAAUUCGGAAGCAUUUAUCACAUAUUUUAAUGGGCAGAGUAUUAGAGAAGAAAUUAAGGUUUUAAUAUACGUUUGGUCAGGGAUUUUGGAUAUUUUGCCAUGCUGAACUCAUCAGGUAAAUGUUGAUUAAGAUAGAAACAAGGCAUUAACAUGCUAUUUUCUUUAGCUUGAUAAGCAUGGAGAGUUCAAAUGGCACCUAACUGAAGGCUAUAAAGACAUCAGUGGAGGACAUUCAUGCAUAAGCAUAUCACAUUCUGAAGUUGGUGCUUUGUGAAGCCAUACACAAGCCUGGAGGAAAUUAAUGGGCGUGCUUGACCUUGUUUCACAAACUUGUAGACUGUAGACACAUACUUCUAACUUUUGGUUUUGCUUUGUUUUCCUUUGAGAAUUCCAGACUAAGAUGCAAUGGGAAGUUGAUCUUAAUAAAGGGGAGGGCAUGGUAUCUUUAAUACCUGAUGUGUUUGAUUUUUAGUCUGUGUUGUAUUUUCAGUGUUCUUGGUUGACUUCUUUCUUCAGAAAUACUUUUUGUGUUUGAUUCCUGGUUUUCUGGUUUCGGGUUGGCCUGAUGGAGUAUGCUAGGCAAAGAUUUGAACUUUUCUUAUGACCAGUACGAAAAUAACAGUUCUGGCUGAAGGACCGCUUCCAUAUGUUUUAUUACUUGCUAAUUCUUUUCUGCCAGGUUAUUUCUUUGAUAAAGCAACUCCUUAUGAAGCUGUUCUCCAAGUAAAGAUACUAUAUGGAUCUAAGGGAAUUUUUUAGUUUCUCAUGAUGAAUGCCUGAUUGAUUCAUCAAAUACUUGGUAGUUUUGGGAGGUUUUUGGUGGAUGAAACCCGUUUAAUUUACUUUUGGUAGAACUUGGAGGUUCUUCAGUUGGAUAUCUAUUUGUUGUUUCUUAAGUUUGAUUACUUUGUGGAAAAGCAGUUGCUGCUUUACAUAUUGGGUUCAGUAGAGCAGUGAUUUUGGAAAAGUUGAAUCCUAAUUGGCUCGGUAAUCACCAAAGCUGUGGGUAUGUUGGUAACUUAGAGAUUGUUGAUUUAAGAAAACACACUGGCCACUCCUUUUAGCUGGAGUUACAAUGUAUACAAAUUAUUGAUUUUUACUAACUACACUUAAGAACAAUUGAGUGACAUGAUUUCCCUCCCCCAAGUAUUUUAACAACAUAUAGGUUGACAAGUUACAAGAAUAUGCGAUAGAUGUGAAAAGAAUGGUCUAUGCAAGACACUUUGUCUCAUUUAGUGUAGAGUCUACAGGAACCUGCUACCUUUCAGUGAUUUUUGCUCCAUGGUGGUUUAUUCUUGACUCAAUGUGAUUCUUGUAGAAUUUUGUUGUUACCUGGGUUGGUAUAGAAUCAAAAUUCUUAGCAUGAAGGCAUUUGAUUGUCUGGGUCUUCCAUUUUGUUGAUAAGGUUUUUGAAAUUAAAAUCUUGAUUGGGUGUUCCUUUCCAUUUUUGCUUAAGCUUUUUACAUAUGCAUUCAUGUUUUUGCUGGAAAUAAACCGAGGUUUUCUAUCAUGGGGAAGUAGCAGUGUCUGCAUAACAUUUUUUAUACUUCAUAGUAUACUGUUUUAUCUCAACAGGCUAUUAGCAGGACUGGCACUUAUUUAGCAGCAUGAUUUUUUUCUUAAUUGCUUUGAUGCAAUGUAGGUGCUAGUUUUAGUAGUUUAUUUCUUGAUGUAAUUUGGCUUUGUAAACAAUUUGAAGAAGUUUCCACUUUAAUGAAAACGAAGUAUGGUCCUGUAUUUAUCCUUGUUUGAAAAUGCUUGUAUUUCUUUUGAGUUGCUAUACUACUUUUCUGUGUUUUGUUUUUCAAUGGGAAACUUAUUUUUGUUAAAUGUUUAUCGAGUAGGCAAAUCUUCAAUUCAUUGCUUGUAUUUCUUUUGAAUUGGCAUACUAGAUUUCAGGCCAACCCUGAUGAUGUCAGAAAGUCGUUGCGAUUAGUAAUUACAAAGUUUCUUUGGCGGAAAAAUAAAGUCUAAUUGAGUAAUAAUAUUUAGCCUUAUAACUGUAUAAGAAUAUGGAGUCUCAAGUCUGCUGGUGUAAUAGUUAUUGACCGCGAACACAAGCAAUUUUGCUGUUACUAAGGUCCAAACAGCUUUUGCUUUCUUCUAUAAGUUGUGCCAAGAUGGAUUAUGGAUGUAUGCUGUAUCUUCCCUCAUAUUUAUCACUUCAAAGUUCGAUCCACAAGUGCUCAACCCGAUUUUUUUCUUCUCCAAGCGUGUCUCCUUUUUUUUCCUUUACAAAAAAAACAAAAAAAAUCCUUACCUGUCUGGCUGUUUACUUCAAGAUCACGAAAGGAAUACUCUUCUAUGUUUCUAUUCAUCAUCUCCGUCAACUUAAAAAUGGAUGCAACGGUGGCAAUAACCUGUUUUAACCCAUUGUUAUUGACUCUCACUAAAAUGCCAAAGCAAUGGUAAAUUUGACUUUGCAAAAAUGAAAUCAGCAGCCAAUCAAACAUGCCUAUCAUUGAUUACCAAUAAAUCCAAGACAACUAGACGAGCGUUGGCGGUUUUAGCCUGUGUAAAUACCUAAAUAUAAAAUCGUGCCUCCAGUUUAUGUCCGUGUAAGCCACUUUUCUUUUCCUUUCCCAUUUUUUUUCUUCAAGUUGAAACAUAAGCUUGUAUACCAUUUUUCGAUUUUAUACAGUCC